AUGCCAGCGGAAGAAGCGAUUCAAAAGUUCCACAGCGCAUUGCGCUGGGGAAAGCCGUCGGCCGAGAUCGAACCGUUCCUCAACGAAGACCCCGCACUGAUUGACGCCGAAGACCCGAAGAAUGGGAACCACGCACUGCAUAUGAAUUGCAAAUAUGUCUGGGUCUGGAAGGUGGUAACUUGUCAUGGUAAAUCUGAAGCAUACAAAAGUCUGUGUUGCAUGAGUUCCAGAAGCUGUCCACUUUCGACCAAGUUGGGAGGAAGUUUCUCAUGCAGGAUAGGCAUGGCAGAGACCUCAUGGGUCAUGGAAAAUCUGCAUGACAAGUUUAGACUCUUCCAGACCCAGACACUUUUGCACUUGAUACUCCACAUCACGGCGCAAAACGGGCACGAGGAGUUGACGAAGUUUUUGGUCGGGAAGGGCGCAAACAUCAACGCACAAAACAAGAAGGGCCAGACCGCGUUACACAUGUCAGUCGAGUACGAUUUUUACUACCAGAAUUUGUUUCUGCUCGAGAACGGCGCAGACAAGACCUUGAAGAACGGGGACGGACAUGCCGCCAUUCUCGGGAUCGACGGGGGGAAGUCGGGGGUGGAAGCGUUUGAUGGGCCCAUGAUCAAGUUGAAAGCGAUCCGGGAUCAGAAGGGAAUGGAGGAAGCGUAUUUUGAUAUGAUUUUGACAAUGCAUAAUUUCAUUCAAGUACCCUUCAACUAUGGAAUUCGAUUUGGCAUGCAAAAUCGAAAACCACAUCAAAAAACAGUUUCACCGCCCUGGAAAACGCCGCUCCAGAACUGGUGGACAAGGCACAACUCGCCCAAGUGGGCAUGAAGAAGAAGAAGGAAUUUAAAGAUUGGUGGGACAUGAAACGGUUUGCGGGGAUAUCAAAUGUAAAAAUGUCUGGGUCUGGAAGAUUACCAGGUUUGUCAUGCACAUUUUGCAUGACUCCUGAUGUCUGUGAUGCAUGCCCUAGCAUCACAGAUUUUGUGAGGGCUUCCUGAUGCCUAUACCGCAUGACAAAUGCUCUUUCCGUGUAGCAAAACUUGGACUCUCUUUGCUGCUCAUGCAAUACAGAUUUUUUUAGAAUCCAAAAUCAGCAUGACAAGUUGGAUUCUUCCAGACAUCCAGGGAUUUUUACAGUUGAUAGGGGAUUAUGGGCAAGUUCUAGGUUUGAAGAGGUUGAGAUAAACAGGAAAGCACAUCACCUCUUGGUAUAUAAAAUUUGAAACAAGAUCAAUCAUGUACAGUACAAUAAGCUCUAGCUCUUUGACGUUGACGUCGAGACAGCUCGUUCUAGAAAACCGUACACUGCAUCUACUUGUUGGCAGCACGCAAGGGCUUCCUGCUUGUGGUUAAGGUCUCAGCGAUUUUUGAUCUCAGCAGACGCUCGGCCUGCUCAGGGACGAUGUUGUGUGGCGAGCUGAAUCUUCUCCGGUUUUUGUUUUGUAAAUAAAUAAGGUUAAAUCUUCGUAAAAAAUACCAGUCCAACAGGAACAGCUACAGCACAGCAAGUAGCACCUUCACGACGCACAGCAGAGAGGCACCACAUAACCACACCGAUUCGCGACAUGAUCAUAUGCAAGAUUUUUUGUAAAGAUGGCAUAGCAGACACAGACUGGCACUAUCAGCGUUAAGAAAAUAUUAAGCGAGUACAAGAGGAUUUUUUUACCAUUGUUGCACAAUAAUUGGAAAGGGGGUGGACGGAUUCGGUUCUGUCUCACAACCUGAUUCUGAGAAAUGUAAAUUUUCGAUAGCCUGUAGUACUUGUUGAACAUGGUGGUUUCCUCGCGAUGAACGGAUAAUGAAUGUUUUCAUGAAUGUUUUCCAAAACCCACAGUUUUUCACCGAUUUCGCCUUCACAACUGUACUGCUCUAUAGAACCCAAGUCCUGAAUCAU